AGGUAAAAACCACAGAGUUUCACUUCAGGUUUGUUUGUUUGUUUGUUUUUAAUACGUGUGUACUCAUUAAAAUGUUUUGGUUUCCUGCAUAACAAAGAGAACUUACCUUACCUGUGUGUUUGUUUCUCUAAGGGUUCAUUUAAAAUAUUUAGAUAUUAUUAAAUGGUAAGGGACACUUUAAAUAAACUUAAUUAUUUCCUGAUUUUGUGAAAAUGAUUUAUUGAUUAUUUUUUAGAUUAUUUGUACGUAAUUUUGGUUUAUUUAUAUUAUUUAUGUUUUGUUAUUUUAGAGACGAUCGACUCCAUCUGCACCGAUCCAACAACACAGAAGAUCGUGAUGGACGCUGUGGAUCCACUCCAACACUACCUGGGACACACCAUGGAGAUGAACAGACAGCUGCAUGUGUGUGUGCAGAGGAAGCAGGAGGAGAUCUCAGCCCUGAAGGAGAAGAACGCCGAGCUGAAGGAGCUUCUCAACCAGGCUGAGAUCUACGCCGCCGUACUGGACGUCUUUACACCGCAGCCUGCCAACACCUCGGAGUGUGUGCCGCACCUAGCUUCACUUUCCACACCACACACACACGCAUGCUCCUCGAGCGCUGAGACAUCCGAAUGGAAUUUCAGUGCCGCUCCACAGCCGUCUUGGCUCGAGUCUAUCCUCAAUCACACCCCACCAGGGGAGGAAGAGGAGAGGCCACACAGAAUCCUGUCCCACAGCAACGCAGGAGUGAAAAGACAAUUAUGGCCAAGUGCCAUCGAUUCCAGCAGCUCUGAUAGUCCCGCAGAAAGUCCAGAGAAAAAAUCCAGACUGGAUCAAGCCCAGUCAGGUACAGUGCAGGUUUUCGGAUCUUUUCGCGGCUUACAGGUCUUGAAGGCCACGCCCUCGACGACCUCUGACCCCUGGAGAGAGGGGAGGCAUGCGUUUUUUAGGACGUCCAUCCGAGAGCACAGCACAGUCCAGACCAGAGUUUUCCCCCACGGCAAAACUUUCACAUCACACACACAAGAGGGAAGCUGUAGGUUCCUCUGGAUUCCCAAACAGAGCUGACUGAAACUCUUCCUCGGUUCUUGUUUGCUUUUGGAUAGCAAGUAUGGCUCUUAAAAACUGGUUCUUAGAAACUACUGAUUGAUCUACUAAUUGUUCCUAUUAAAGCUGUGAAUCACAUAAAGACUGUCGAUUCGAUUGUGAGGGACCAUUUAAAAAAAAAUACAAAAAGAGGCUACUUUAAAGACGCAGUAAAAAAAUAAGAAGAAAGUCAACUUAUGACACCCAGAAUAAUCUGCUAUCAAGACAGAACUCGCAAACCAGGACACGAGCACUAAGAGUAAAAUCCAGUGUAUAUUUACGGUGCUUCAUAACAUUGUACUUUCAUUCAUCUUGGGGUUUCAUGAUAUUCAAUUUGAUUUAAUGUAAUAGCACUAAUGAUUAUUGUCUGAUUUGUUUUAGGCUGCAUUAUUUAUUACACGUUUUAAAGCAUUAAAAAUUACAGAAAAUAUUUAAUACAUUAAAUUGUUGUGUAACUUAGUUGUUUAAAUGACAUGUCGUGUACAAAGCGAUAAACUGUUCUUUCUGAUCUUCUGCACCAUUCUCCAGUUCACUAGAUGGCAGUAUUGGACAUUUCAGCCGAACAUAAACAAAAAGGAAAAGAGGCACUUAUGCUACAGUACUUUGCAACUAGUGAUGGGAAGUUUCUAUCAUUUUAGUCACU